AAAGUUGAUGUAUAUCCAAAUUAUUAUCAGCACCAGUCAUUUUACAUCAGUGAUGCUUUUUUCUUCAAGUAGUGAAAGAUCCAUUGUAUAAGGUACUCACCAUCUAGUAUUGGUUGACCUUCCUCUAUCAUCAUGGAGAUCAAUUCACACAAUCUCAAUUCUACCAUGAACAAGGUACCUCAGAAACAACCUUACAGAACUUGGUACCACUUUCAACCUCCAAAAUAUUGGAUGAAUGAUCCAAAUGCACCAAUGUACUACAAAGGAGUUUACCACUUUUUCUACCAACAUAAUCCUCAUGCAGCAACCUUCGGUGAGAAAAUGGUGUGGGCUCACUCUGUGUCCUAUGAUCUCAUCAACUGGAUUCAUCUGAACCAUGCUAUUGAGCCAAGUGAGCCGUUUGAUCUUAACAGUUGUUGGUCAGGGUCAGCCACUAUAAUCCCAGGAAAUGAACAUCCUGUGAUUCUGUACACAGGAAUUGAUGAUAAAAAGCACCAAGUUCAAAACAUGGCUAUGCCAAAAAAUCUAUCAGACCCCUUCUUAAGGGAAUGGGUGAAACACCCUCAAAACCCUGUCAUGAUUCCACCAAUUGGGGUUGAAGUUGAUAAUUUCAGAGACCCUUCAACUGCUUGGCAGGGAAAGGAUGGAAAAUGGAGGGUAGUCAUUGGUGCUCAAAAUGGUGAUGAAGGGAAGGUAGUUCUCUACCAAAGUGAGGAUUUUGAUAAUUGGACAGUGGAAUUGAAUCCUUUUUUUGCAUCAGAUAAUACUGGAGUUUGUGAGUGUCCAGAUUUUUUUCCUGUGUCCAUCAAUAGCACAAAUGGGGUGGAUACAUCUGUCCAAGAUCAAAGUGUUAGACAUGUGUUGAAGAUAAGCUAUUACCGCAGAAAUCAGGACUAUUAUUUUCUUGGUAAAUAUGCCAAUGGUGAUGGAAACUUCAUUCCAGAUGUUAAAUUCACAGGAACUAGUUUGGACUUAAGGUUUGACUAUGGUAAAUUUUAUGCCUCAAAGUCAUUUUUUGACCAUGCUAAGAGCAGAAGGAUACUAUGGGCGUGGGUGGACGAGUGUGACACUAGAGAUGAUGGCAUUGAGAAAGGAUGGGCUGGUCUUCAGUGUAUUCCAAGGGAAGUUUGGCUUGAUGAAAGUGGAAACCGGUUAAUGCAAUGGCCAAUUGAAGAGGUAGAAAAGCUACGUGACAAACAAAUUAGCAUAAAGGGAGAGAAACUUGUUGGUGGAUCAAUUCUUGAAGUCUCAGGUAUCACUGCAUCACAGGCCGAUGUAGAAGUGUUGUUUGAGCUUCCAGAGCUAGAGAAUGCAGAGUUUCUAGAUGAAAAUGAAGUUGAUCCUCACUUACUGUGUAGUGAAGAAUAUGUAUCAAGAAGUGGCAUAAUAGGGCCAUUUGGUUUGUUUGCUUUAGCAUCUGAGGAUCAAACAGAACACACUGCAAUCUUCUUCAGAAUAUAUAAAACCUCCAAUAGAUAUGUAUGUUUCAUGUGCAGUGAUCAAAGCAGAUCUUCAUUGCGGGAGAAUCUUGAUAAAUCCUCAUAUGGAACUAUCUUUGAUAUAGACCCUAAUCAAAAAACAAUUUCACUCAGAAGUUUGAUUGAUCGCUCCAUUAUUGAGAGUUUUGGGGAGAAAGGGAAAAUUUGUAUUACGAGUAGAGUUUAUCCCUCGUUGGCUAUUGGCAAAGAUGCUCAUCUUUUUGCAUUCAACAAUGGAAGACAGAGUGUGGUGAUUUCAGAACUGAAUGCUUGGAGCAUGAAGCAUGCAGAAUUUGACCAAGACGAAAGCAUAUAUCAGCCGUAGCUAAGAACGAUUUGGAUAAUCAUGCAUCAGUUAUCUAGAUACUUUAUAUUAUAAGUGAUUUUCUCUGUUUGUGAUUGUUGUUGCUAUCUUAGAUAUGUUUUUAUUUUA